AUGCAUGUUAUGAAUUGUGUCUCCUUGGCCAGUGAUAAAGAAAAUGGGACUAUCGCCACAGGAUUCAUGAUUGAGGAAACGCAGCCCCCGCCGCCUCCUCCUCCUCCACCCCCUCCGCCUCCACCAUGUCCAUAUCCAGAGGAAGGGUUCGAUCCCUCUCUCCCCUCUCCCCCACCACAUGCACUCCCCGGGGGGCCUCCGGUCCCUCCUCCCCCUCCAGAACUGCCCCCAGCAUCUCACUGGAAUGGCUACAGCCACCUGGGUAAGAAAAAGCGGAUGAGGAGCUUUUUUUGGAAAACCAUUCCGGAGGAGCAAGUCCGAGGCAAAACCAACAUCUGGACCUUGGCAGCCAGGCAGCAGCAUCAGUACCAGAUCGACACGAAGACCAUCGAGGAGCUCUUCGGGCAGCAGGAGGAGGCCGCCAAGCCUUCCCUCUCCAGGAGAGGAGGGUCUUUAAAUUCGUCCUUCAAGGAAGCAAGAGAGGAGAUUACUAUCUUGGAUGCAAAACGGAGCAUGAACAUUGGGAUAUUUCUUAAGCAAUUUAAGAAGUCUCCUCAGUCCAUUGUAGAAGAUAUUCAUCAAGGGAAGAGUGAGCAUUAUGGAUCAGAGACACUGCGAGAAUUUCUUAAACUUUUGCCAGAGUCAGAGGAGGUAAAGAAAUUAAAAACAUUUAGUGACGAUGUGUCCAAGCUGUCCCUGGCAGACUCCUUUCUGCACUGCUUAAUUCAGGUGCCAAACUAUUCGCUUCGGAUUGAAGCCAUGGUGCUAAAGAAGGAGUUUUUGCCUUCUUGCUCUUCUCUGUACACAGAUAUAAGAAUUCUAAGAAUGGCUAUAACAGAGCUGAUGUCAUGUGAGGAGCUGCAUUCCAUAUUACACUUGGUGCUACAGGCAGGAAAUAUCAUGAAUGCAGGAGGGUAUGCCGGCAAUGCAGUAGGAUUUAAGCUGUCUUCAUUGCUCAAAUUGGCAGACACAAAAGCAAACAAACCUGGGAUGAACCUUCUGCACUUUGUUGCGCAGGAAGCCCAAAAGAACGAUGCCAUUCUUCUAAACUUUUCUGAAAAGUUACAUCAUGUUCAGGAGGCUGCUAGAUUGUCUCUGGAUAACACGGAGGCAGAACUGCACUCGCUGUCCGUCAGGACACGGUCGCUGAAGGAAAACAUCCGGCGGGAUGAUGAGCUUCGUCAGCAGAUGGAAGAGUUCCUUCAGUUUGCUGUAGAAAAGCUGAGCGAACUAGAACACUGGAAACGGGAGCUGCAGGACGAGGCCCACACCCUCAUAGAUUUUUUCUGCGAAGACAAAGAAACGAUGAAGCUGGACGAAUGCCUUCAGAUCUUUCGAGACUUUUGCACCAAAUUCAGCAAAGCGGUUAAGGACAACCACAACCGGGAGGUACAGGAGCUGAGGCAGCUGCGGCGGCUGCAGGAGCUGGAGCAGAAGCGGCGUUCCUGGGCCACCGGGGAGCUGGUGGGAUUCGGCCGGAGCAGCAGUGAGAACGACGUGCAGCAGUUGGGCAGGAAGGGUGCGGAGGACCUGCCCCCCUUCCUGCACCGCAGGCCCAUCAGCCCCUCCUGCCGACGCCCCAGCACCCGCCGCUCCCGCCUGUCCCUGGGCGCCAACGCAGACCGGGAGCUGCUGACCUUCCUGGAGAACUCCGUGGGCAGCCCCGAGGAGGCCAACAAAUUCAACAGCUUGCCCCGGAGCAGCCCUCGGCAGGCCCGGCCCACGACGGCUUGGAGGGAGUUGGGGGAGCCGAGGGACCAGGGCUCUGGCCACACACACAGACCUCAGGCCUCCGCAGGCCAGGAGGGAGCCCCCCGUCCACCCUCGGCUUCCUGCGGCCAGCUCCUCGCCCCCCAGAUGGAAGACUCGUCUCCCGUUACGCUCCGAGCUCGGCGUAGCGGGCUCAGCACGCUCCAAAAGAGGAACAGCGAGCCUGUGGGCCUGGCGUCUCCCUGGUCCCCUCCGCUCUCGCCACUGGCUCUGGGCAUUAAGGAGCACGAGCUGGUGACCGGGCUGGCCCAGUUCGACGUCCAGGGUCCCAAGGACCCAGAGGAGACGCCCCAGCGGAGCCCAACUAACACCAGUCCAGAGGAGCCGGCGUCUCCGGGGGAUGGGAGCCCGAAGCCCCUCGGAGCCGGCACUGGUGCUGGCAUUGGUGCUGGCAACGACAGCCUGACGCCUGAGGGCACAGAUGCCCAGGGGAGUCUCAGCGCAGCCUUGCAGGAUGACGGGGCGGCCCCUGACGAGCCCAGCCCCAACCCUGAGAGCAAAGAGGCUGGGCCUCUGUUCUACUUCUCUGAUACCACCGACUGCUCGCUGACCUUGGACUGCUCGGAGGAAGCCAACUCCAGGCCUGGCGGUGGGGAGCUGCCAGAGGCCGGCCAAGGGGAUGGCUCUGUGUCCUCUGGGGCAGGGGAGGCGGGCGGCAGCCACGUGUCCCCCAGCCCUCUCUCCAGCCCCCCAGAGGAGACCUCUGUUCCUGCUUCUGCGAGGAGCGGGCCCAGCUCCAGGGGUGGCCUCUGCAGAGACAGAUCCUACAAAGGGAAGGACGCGACCACACCAAAGAGAAACUCCCUCAAAGAGGCGUCCCCGGGGGCCCCCAAGCCUGGGACCGCCCCACGAGGCCAGGGUCCGGCGCCCAAGCCUGUGCGGACCUUGACCUCCUCGGAGAGCGAGAGCAUGCGCAAGGUGGUGCCCAUCUCCAGGGCCAGCAGGGGCUCCGCCGGCUGGAAGCAGCCCCCUCCUCGGGAGUCCCCCGGCAGCACCCAGGAGUCGUGGUCACGCCGGAACUCGGUGAAGGGCACCUCGGACACGUCACCCAAGAGGUCCUCGAAGGGGCCCGUGCCGGUCACCGAGGUGCCCGAGGAGCAGAGGCCGCCGCGAGGGAGGCUUGGCUCCUGCGGCACCCGGCCGGCCAAGGAGCCCGCCCUGCAGCCCAGGGCCUCCUUCAAGAAGCCCAGUGCCAAGCCCCUCCGCAACGUCCCCAGACAGAAACCCGAGGAGAAUAAGAUCUGCCGCUCCAGCUCCCAGGACCCGCAGAGCCCGGGAGAAGAGCCCAAGCCCCCUCCGCCAACCCCCACCGCCCCCCGUGCCCCAUCCCAGGUCCCAGGCUUUGCCCGAAACACAGUAGCCUCCUCAUCUCGGUUCAUGAAAACGGAUUCUCUCCCCGUGACCAAGGCGCCCGGCCUUACGCGGACAGUCUCCCACCGGCAGCUGCGGGUGAAGGGUGGCUCUGAGGAUGCGGCCCCCAAGGACAGCCGCACUCUGCGGAGGGCCAACAGCUCCCGGGCCCCCCAAAGGUAUCCUGAGUCACCAGAGAGUCCCGGUGCCAACACAGAGGCCUUCCUGAAGGGCAGGGGGACGGGGGAAAGGACCUCCUUCAGGCAGAAGGACUCCGGCCGGAGCACCCUGGGGAAGAUCCUCAAUCCCUUGUGGAAGUGA